UGAAUUAGAACGCAAGCUUCCAAAGUCAUUGAUUAUUCGAAAAAUAUCUUGGCUACUCUGAUCGUGCUCCACACAUCAUCACUUCAAGGUUCGUACUCCAUAUUCAUACCCAUAGCCUUAUACUCUUUCUUGUUCCAGCUACCUCGCAUGGCGUCAACUACUCUCUCCAACUACUGGCUCUCUCAGUUCAACCCACUGCACAAUCAACGGAAAAAGAGGCCAAAAUCUCUAUUCUCAUCUUCUCGAACCACUCUACGCCUUCUUUCUUCCAUUAACGAUCAUUUGGCGCUCACACGUGUCACAUAUCCGCUUCUCCAGUCUCAUUCUACUCCCAAGCGCAGAUUCCACGUUGGAGUGCAGAAAGAUUAUUCUGAUGGGGAAAGCUCUGAGUCGCUUGUUUCUGACGCAACAUACCAAGAGGAAUUUUCGUGGUCUUCUGUAAUUCUUCCGUUUCUGUUCCCUGCAUUGGGUGGCUUAUUAUUUGGUUAUGAUAUUGGUGCCACCUCCGGUGCUACAAUCUCAUUGCAGUCACCUGACCUUAGCGGAAUAACAUGGUUCAAUCUUUCUGCCAUUCAGCUUGGACUGGUGGUUAGUGGUUCCCUAUAUGGGGCUCUUCUGGGCUCACUUCUCGCAUAUGCUAUAGCUGAUUUCCUUGGGAGGAAGCGACAACUCAUUGCUGCAGCACUGUUGUAUAUAGUUGGUGGUGUGGUUACUGCAUAUUCACCAGAACUUGGUGUUCUUUUAGCAGGAAGGCUGCUUUAUGGACUUGGUAUAGGUUUGGCCAUGCAUGGGGCUCCUUUGUAUAUUGCAGAGACAUGUCCAUCACAAAUCCGUGGUACCCUACUCUUCAUUGUCCUGGGGAUUCUGCUGGGUUAUUUUGUAGGAAGCUUUCUGAUUGAUACAGUUGGGGGAUGGCGGUUCAUGUAUGGAUUUAGUGCUCCAGUUGCUGUAUUAAUGGGGCUAGGAAUGUGGACUCUCCCCGCUUCUCCUCGUUGGCUGCUUCUCAGAGCAGUGCAAGGAAAAGGUUCUUUUCAAGAUUUGAAGGAAAAGGCCAUUGUUUCCCUGAGCAAACNAAGGGNUCGACCGCCUGGUGACAGAGAAUCUGAGAGACAAAUAGAAGAUACCCUUCUCUCAUUGAAGUCUGCCUAUGGACAACAGGAAUCAGAGGGGAAUUUCUUAGAGGUGUUUCAGGGUCCCAAUCUGAAAGCUUUCAUAAUUGGUGGAGGACUAGUNUUAUUUCAACAGAUAACAGGUCAACCAAGUGUUCUAUAUUAUGCAGGCCCAAUUCUUCAGAGCGCUGGAUUUUCUGCUGCAUCUGAUGCUACAAAAGUUUCAGUUGUUAUUGGCUUAUUCAAGUUACUAAUGACUUGGAUUGCUGUCCUAAAAGUUGAUGAUUUGGGGAGAAGGCCUCUGUUGAUUGGAGGUGUCAGUGGCAUUGCCCUCUCUUUAGUUCUCCUUUCUGCUUAUUAUAAAUUUCUUGGAGGGUUCCCACUUGUUGCUGUUGGAGCUUUACUUCUUUAUGUUGGUUGCUACCAGAUAUCAUUUGGGCCCAUAAGUUGGUUAAUGGUAUCAGAGAUCUUCCCACUUCGCACAAGAGGAAAGGGGAUUAGUCUGGCUGUUCUUACCAACUUUGCUUCAAAUGCUGUAGUCACUUUUGCAUUCUCUCCAUUAAAGGAGUUUCUAGGAGCAGAAAACCUUUUUCUCCUUUUUGGGGCUAUUGCUGUUCUAUCACUUCUGUUCGUUAUCUUUUCUGUCCCGGAGACAAAAGGCUUGAGUUUAGAAGAUAUAGAAUCCAAAAUCUUGAAAUGACAGCUAAUCUAAGAUCUUUUUAUGUGAUUGCUGAUAUUUUGCUGACUCUCUCACCUUGUGUACGUAUGGAAUUUGAUAACCAUGACAGCGUUUUCAGUAGACAAUGUGAUUUUUAAUCUCUAA